GCAGAUCGUUGGUGAUAUUUAAAGCAACCAGUUGAUAUGAAACCUCAGUUUGCAACAGUCUGAGCGAUACAACGUACAAGUAAAGUGUCUCUCACAAACGUCGAAGAUGAAAACUAUCGUUUUCUUGCCAAUUACGGCUCUAGCCAUUUCGCUAUUAAUCGCCGCACAAGUGAAUUCCGCUCCACAAUCUAAUUUCUAUGGUUCGAACAACAAUAAGUCCCAUGACUUGGUCAUUGGAUAUAGAAUGCCUGGCGACAGACUUAUACUCAGGCAAAGUAUCAUCAAGAAUUCCUCCUGGGGCAGGAUAGUAACCGACGAAAGAACAUUCAACACAACAAGAUUCGAAAGGAUUACUCAAGUCCGAGCUCUCGAUCAGAAGACCAAUGGCAACGGGGCGUACGCGAGCAUUCUCUUUGGUGGCCCAGGAUGGAACAAUGUCACUAUCCGGUUCAAGAGCCAGAGGGGUCACGGAAUCAACUUCAUCGUCGAGGUCUACUCACGACCAUAAGUCGCUGUUGAACAGAUCAGACCAAUCGUUGAGACACAUAUUCCAAAUAUGCGAAUCAAACCUUAUUUAAUCUCUUUUUCCAAGUAAAAUGAAUUUCAACUUUUGGAUAAUUUUCUAAUUUCGGAUAACUUUUUAACUCGUUUAAUCUGUAACUAAUCUUAUCUUAGCUUAAUGAAGCAUAAUAAAAUUUAAUUAAUUUGCUGAUUAAAA